AUGGAAGAAAACACAGCCGCCUCCGAGGCGCCUCCAGCUCAGUCGCUGGAGGACCAGACCCUUAUCGUCUUUGCACGCCUCAUGGAAGGCGGACAGGAAGAUAACGAGACAUGCCGCGACCUCGACGAACUCACUAAGCUCCUCAACGACGAUUUCGAAGCUCGCCAAAAGGACCCGUCUCGUGAGACCAUUUGCAAGGUCAUCGAUGCUGACUGUGUCGACACUGUUUUGUGCUAUCUUGACAUGAGACAGCCUGAGAUAGUCCGCGGCCACGCCACUCUAUCAACAUCCGCCUACCUCAAAGCUGCUGGAGAUGACGGUUCUAAGAAUCUGUCGACCUUUUUCUUUGACCGUGUUAGACGAGGAACCUACGAUGAUUACAUCGUCGCCUUUUGUGUCGCUGCUGCGACCUUCCCUAUCGUUCCGGAACUCACGGCGCAACUGUUUCUCAACGAGGAUUUCUUACCCAGCCUUGGCGCUCUCAUGCGACGAAAGUGGAAGAGCCGCAAGGUUGAGACGGCGUGCUUGGAGAUGCUCAACGCCGCUUGUAUGAACUCCAUGUGUCGCGAGGCUAUCAACAAAUACUGCAUCGAAUGGCUGGAGGAGAUUGUCGACCAAGAUCUUAGUGUGAUUGUUAGAAGCACCAACGCAGAUCCCAACCUUCAAAGCGACGGAGGAUCCAUAUCUAUGCGACGUCACUCGGAGCAAGUCCAGUACCUUGCUGCCGUCAUCUUGGCCAAGUUGAGGGCAGUUCCCUCAAAGCCGGCACCUGGUGAGAGCAAAUCUAGAAUCGAGCCCGCAGUUACUAGCAUCGAAGAUCUCUCUGGCAUGUUCACUAAGAUGAUCUUGCGGGAUGAAGAUCACGGUCGAAAGCACUCUAUUGAAGGCCUCGCUUAUGCCUCUCUUCAACCCAAGGUCAAGGAGUCGAUCGUAGACAACCCUGAAUUGCUCCAGAAGCUGGUCAAGACUCUCAGUGAUGCCCAGCCUAGAUCACCAACAACAUACGGAGCGCUAAGCAUCUUUGUUAACCUUACAAAGUAUCUGCCUAACCUAACGGAUGAAGAGAAGAAGAUGAAUCAGCUCAAGGCGUACGCCAAUGCAGCUGGGAAGCUUGGUGGGCCUGACCCCCUGAAUGACGACGAACAUGUUGCAAAGCGAUGCAAGUCGGUGUUCGAGGCUGGCAUCGUACCGGUCCUUGUCACCCACAGUAAGAAUGGCUCGCCGGCAUCUCUGGCGCUGAUAAUUUCCGUCAUCUUCGCCUUGUCCGUCACAAAGUCUCUUCGCGGCCAGCUCGCUCAGCAAGGGGCUGUCAAGCUUCUUUUGAUAUCAUGGAUGUCACUACCUCAAACCGAAGCCCCUGCGCGCCGUCUUGCUGCGCAGGCGCUUGCACGCAUCCUGAUCAGCACAAAUCCUGCCCUUGUCUUUGGUGGAAACAGAUCAACCCCUGUUGGCGCUGCUGUCAGGCCACUGGUUUCCAUUAUCCCACCUGAUCCGGCUGCCCAGACCCGAGAUCUCCUGCCCUCCUUUGAAGCUCUCAUGGCGUUGACCAAUCUUGCUUCCAUGGACGACGAGGAGUUAAGACGUAACAUCAUCAAUACCGCAUGGUCGCACAUUGAGGAACAAAUGCUCGCCUCUAACACUCUUGUCUCAAGGGCUGCGGUUGAACUAGUCUGCAACCUUGUGCAGACACCUGAGGCCGUUGCUCUAUACGCCGAAGAGACUGCCAAGGCCCGCAAUCGCCUUCACGUUCUCACUGCUCUAGCUGAUGCUCCGGAUGCUGGAACUCGUAGUGCUGCUGGCGGUGCUUUGGCUACACUAACCAACUUUGAGGGCGUCAUCCGUGGCAUCAUUAGCAGAGAUCGCGGUGUCAAGUUUAUCCUGGGGAUGUGUGUCGAUGAUGACGAGAAUAUCCGACACCGAGGCGUGUUUGUGGUGUCAAACAUGGUCACUGCGGAGGGUGAAGUAGGCGAGCUUGCACGGGAAAAAGUCAAGAGCGAGGGAGGUGUCGAGACCCUCAAAGAGUGCCUUAAGAAGAGUCGACGGCACGAUGUUGUUGACAUUACAGUCCAGGCUCUCAAAGCCCUGCUGGGAGAGCAAUCAUGA